AUGGCGCGGGGCGGCGGGCGGCUGCAGCCCCGCGCCGCCGCGGCCCCUGCCCGCGGGGACCGGCGGCCGCUCGGCCUCCUGUGCCUGGCGCUGCUGGGCGCGCUGGGCGCCGCCGCGGCGGAGUUCUCCAUCCUGGACGAGGCGCAAGUCCUGGCCAGCCAGAUGAGGAAACUCGCCACCGAGGAGCUGAGGGUCGUCACCAUGCAGAGGAUAUUCAACUCCUUCGUGUACACAGAGAAAAUAUCGAAUGGAGAAAGCGAAGUUCAGCAGUUGGCAAAAAAAAUCCGUGAGAAGUUUAACCGUUACUUGGACGUUGUGAAUCGGAACAAGCAGGUCGUGGAAGCUUCGUACACUGCUCACCUCACCUCACCCCUGACUGCCAUCCAGGACUGCUGCACCAUCCCCCCAUCCAUGAUGGAAUUUGAUGGGAAUUUCAACACCAACGUUUCCAGAACCAUCAGCUGCGAUCGACUCUCGACCACUGUCAACAGCAGAGCCUUCAAUCCUGGACGUGACUUAAAUUCUGUCCUUGCUGAUAACCUGAAGUCCAACCCAGGAAUCAAGUGGCAAUAUUUCAGCUCAGAAGAAGGGAUUUUCACCGUGUUCCCAGCCCACAAGUUCCGGUGCAAAGGCAGCUACGAGCACCGCAGCAGGCCCGUCUACGUCUCCACCGUUCGCCCUCAGUCCAAGCACAUCGUGGUCAUCGUGGACCACGGGGCCUCUGUCACAGAGACACAGCUCCAGAUUGCCAAGGAUGCUGCCCAGGUGAUCCUCAGCUCCAUAGAUGAGCACGACAAGAUCUCGGUGCUGACGGUGGCGGACGCGGUGCGGACGUGCUCCCUGGACCAGUGCUACAAGACUUUCCUGUCGCCUGCCACCAGUGAGACCAAGAGGAAGAUGUCCACCUUUGUCAGCAGCAUCAAGGCGUCCGACAGCUCCACGCAGCACGCCCUGGGCUUCCAGAAGGCUUUCCAGCUCCUCCGGAACACCAACAACGGCACCAGGCUCCAAGGAAAUACUGACAUGGUCAUCAUUUAUCUCUCGGCUGGGAUCACAUCAAAAGAGUCCUCAGAAGAUGAUAAAAAAGCCACUCUGCGUGUCAUCAACGAAGAAAACAGCUUCCUCAAUAACUCAGUGAUGAUCCUCACUUAUGCCCUCAUGAAUGAGGGGGUGACAGGGCUGAAGGAGCUGGCUUUCCUGCGGGACCUGGCGGAGCAGAACUCGGCCAAGUACGGCGUGCCCGACCGCAGCGCCCUGCCCGUCACCAAGGGCAGCAUGAUGGUCCUCAACCAGCUCAGCAACCUGGAGACCACCGUGGGCAGGUUCUACACCAACCUGCCCAACAGGAUGAUUGAUGAGGCCGUGUUCAGCCUGCCCUUCUCGGAUGAGAUGGGGGAUGGCCUGAUAAUGACUGUCAGUAAACCCUGUUACUUUGGGAACCUCCUGCUGGGAAUUGUUGGAGUAGAUGUCAACCUUGCCUAUAUCUUGGAAGAUGUCACCUAUUACCAGGACUCCUUGGGAUCCUACACAUUCCUCAUUGAUAAUAAAGGAUACACUCUGAUGCACCCCUCCCUGACCAGGCCCUACCUGCUGUCUGAGCCUCCUCUCCACACAGACAUCAUCCACUACGAGAACAUCCCCAAAUUCGAGCUGGUGCGCCAGAACAUCCUCAGCAUUCCCUUGGGCAGCCAGAUCAUCACAGUUCCUGUGAACUCCUCGCUGUCCUGGCACGUCAACAAGCUGAGGGAAAUUGGGAAAGAAGCCUACAAUGUCAGCUAUGCCUGGAAAAUGGUGCAGGACACAUCCUUCAUCCUGUGUGUGGUGGUGAUCCAGCCAGAAAUUCCCGUGAAGCAGCUGAAGAACCUCAACACGGUGCCCAGCAGCAAGCUGCUGUACCACAGGCUGGACCUGCUGGGCCAGCCCAAUGCCUGCCUGCACUUCAAGCAGCUGGCCACCCUGGAGAGCCCCACGGUGAUGCUGUCUGCAGGCAGCUUCUCCUCCCCCUACGAGCACCUGAGCCAGCCCGAGACCAAGCGGAUGGUGGAGCACUACACGGCCUACCUGAGCGACAACACGCGGCUCAUCGCCAACCCCGGCCUCAAGUUCUCUGUCAGGAAUGAAGUAAUGGCAACCAGUCACGGCACGGAUGAAUGGAUGACCCAGAUGGAGAUCAGUGGCCUCAACAGUUACAUUGUCAGGCGUUACAUAGCAACCCCCAACGGGGUGCUCCGCAUCUACCCCGGCUCCCUCAUGGACAAAGCAUUUGAUCCCACCAGGAGACAAUGGUACCUGCAUGCAGUGGCCAAUCCAGGACUAAUCACCUUUACUGGGCCCUACCUGGACGUGGGAGGGGCUGGAUAUGUGGUGACCAUCAGCCACACUGUCCACUCCUCCAGUGCUCAGAUGUCCUCAGGACACUCCGUGGCCGUGAUGGGCAUCGACUUCACCCUCAGAUAUUUCUACAAAGUCCUCAUGGACCUGCUGCCAGUUUGUAACCAAGAUGGGGGGAACAAAAUCAGGUGCUUCAUCAUGGAGGACAGGGGGUACCUGGUGGCACAUCCAACCCUCAUCGACCCCAAGGGCCACGCGCCCGUGGAGCAGCAGCACAUCACACACAAGGAACCUCUGGUAGCAAACGACAUCCUGAACCACCCCAACUUUGUCAAGAAAAACCUCUGCAACAGCUUCAGCGACAGGACCGUGCAGCGCUUCUAUAAAUUCAACACCAGCUUAGUGGGUGACCUGACCAACCUGGUGCAUGGCAGUCACUGCUCCAAGUACAGGCUGACGAGGAUCCCGGGCACCAACGCCUUCGUGGGCAUCGUCAACGAGACGUGCGACUCGCUGGCCUUCUGUGCCUGCAGCAUGGUGGACAGGCUGUGCCUCAACUGCCACAGGAUGGAACAGAACGAGUGUGAGUGUCCCUGUGAGUGCCCACUGGAGGUGAACGAGUGCACGGGGAACCUGACCAACGCCGAGAGCAGGAAUCCGAGCUGUGAGGUGCAUCAGGAGCCCAUGACUUUCACGGCCAUCGAUCCCAGCCUGCAGGAUGCACUCCCACAGUGCAUCAACACCCAGUGCAACCAGAGAACAGAGAGUGGGGAUUGCUUUGGAGUGCUGGACUGCGAGUGGUGCAUGGUGGACAGUGAUGGGAAGACCCACCUGGACAAGUCGUACUGUGCCCCUCAGAAGGAAUGCUUUGGUGGCAUCGUGGGAGCCAAGAGUCCCUAUGUGGAUGACCUGGGAGCAAUAGGAGACGAGGUGAUCACCCUGAACAUGAUCAAGAGUGCCCCCGUGGGCCCCGUGGCUGGAGGCAUCAUGGGCUGCAUCAUGGUGCUGGUGCUGGCCGUGUACGCCUAUCGGCACCAGAUCCACCGCCGCAGCCACCAGCACAUGUCCCCGCUGGCAGCACAGGAAAUGUCAGUGCGUAUGUCCAACCUGGAAAACGACAGGGACGAGAGGGAUGAUGACAGCCAUGAAGACAGAGGAAUCAUCAGCAACACGCGGUUCAUCGCGGCGGUGAUCGAGCGCCACGCGCACAGCCCCGAGCGCCGCCGCCGCUACUGGGGCCGCUCCGGCACCGAGAGCGACCACGGCUACAGCACGAUGAGCCCCCAGGAGGACAGCGAGAACCCCCCCUGCAAUAACGACCCUCUGUCUGCCGGCGUGGACGUGGGCACCCACGAGGAGGACCUGGAGCUGGACACGCCCCCGCAGACCGCAGCGCUGCUGAGCCACAAGUUCCACCACUACCGCCUGCACCACCCCGCCCUGCACCACAGCCACCACCUGCAGGCCGCUGUCACCGUGCACACCGUGGAUGCCGAGUGCUGAGGGACCCACGGCCACCACCUGCAGGCNCUGUG